AUGGGUAGAGUUGAGGCCAAAAUGGAAAAAUUGGACGCAGAAUUGAAAAAACCUGAUGCUCCAAUAAUUGCCUUCAAUGGCUACAGAACCGAAGGUGGAGAUUGCAUCAAGGAUAAGGCGGUCGUACUUCCUCACGUGCUGUUAAACGAAGGAAGUGGGUACAACCCGAACACCGGAUAUUUCACAGCACCGGUCGCCGGACUAUACCACUUUACUGCGCAUGUCUGCCAAUUUGGAGGACAGUUUAUGGCGUUCUCUAUUGUCCAAGGGGAUAAAAUAAUUGCGCUAAGCACUGUAUAUGAAGACAGAGACAAUAGCUGUAGCUCAGCAAGUGCUCCAGCCAAACUAGAGAUCGGCGAACGUGUUAAUGUUCAGUCUACUUAUAAUGCUAGUCGGUUGUUUUCAAAUACACACAGAUGGCCUUCUUUCACGGGAUAUUUAGUACGUAGCUAUCGUUAA